GCCUAAGGAGGCCGGAAGAGGGCGUCGGAUCCUCUGGAGCAAGUGUUGUGAGAUGCCAGCAGUGGGUGCUGGGAACCGAUCUCCACUCUUCUGCAAGGGCAAGUUCUCUCAACCACUGAGACAUCUCUCCAGGCCCAAGACCUUACCUUUUGUAACCAUAGCAUAAUCCAUUAUAGGGUCACACUAUACUAUGCCUUUUGGACCUAGGUUACUCUAACUCCCAGCAGGCCCCAUUUGGGCGACACGUCACCAUGUUGCGGAAAGGGCUCCUGCGUCUGCGCGACUUUACGUCAUCACUAACGCGACGGGGGCGGGGCGACUCCCGGUAGUGCCCUUGCCCGCCCCCUAGUGGCGGCCAGUUGCGCCUGAGGCUGUGUGCGGUCUGGUGGCUCACUUUCUUAGGCAAGUCUGGGCUGGUGAGUGCGCCAACUUCCGGCAGGCGAAACACCAGGCGAGCCGCGGGUCGUCUGGAGGUGAGGUUGAGGGACCCCUGCGCUGGCCGCCUGGCCUUGACACCGCCUCUCGGCCGCCAUGGCGGAGAAGCAGCAGGUCUUGGCCCAGAAGCCGGUUCCCAGCGGUAGGGUAGCCGCCGCUGCAGAACCUGAAGUGCCCUCGCCCGGGACCUCGAAGGUCGCUGCAAACCCCUCGGAGCCCGGGGACUACGACAGCAACUGCGUGUUCUGUCGCAUCGCUGGGCAGCAGGAACCCGACACGGAGCUCCUGCACUGCGAGAAUGAAGAUCUAGUUUGCUUCAAAGAUAUCAAACCAGCAGCACUCCAUCAUUACCUUGUGGUACCAAAGAAGCAUAUUAGAAACUACAAAGAACUAAACACAGAUCAGAUAGAAUUGGUUAAGAACAUGGUAGCUGUUGGAAAUGCUAUUCUUGAAAAGAAUAAUUUCACUGACUUCACAGAUGUGAGGAUGGGUUUCCAUAAGCCUCCAUUCUGUUCCAUUUCUCAUCUACACCUUCAUGUUAUAGCUCCAGUCAAACAGUUUGGCUUCUUAUCAAAGUUGGUUUAUAGACCAGAUUCCUUUUGGUUCAUCACAGCUGAAUAUUUGCUUGAAAUGCUAAGAAAAUAAAAAUGUGAACAGAGGAAGGUUUUCCUAACCUGGUUCAGCAUGAGCUACUAUUGGCUCUUUGAAGUCUAACUGCAAUUGGAAGCUAAGUACACCGGUGUUGUGCAAUGCCUGCAGAAGACAGAAGAGGCUGCUGGAUCCCCUGGAACUGGAGUUACAGACAGCUGUUAGCUGCUAUGUGGGUGCUGGGAUUCGAACCCAGGUCUUCUGUAAGAACAGUCAGUGUUCUUAGCCACUGAGCCAUCUCUCCAGGCCCCCAAAGUUGGAAUUCUUAUUGUUGUGCAAGAGAUAAAGAAAUUAGCUAUUUCCUGAUAGGUCUAUAGUUUUACACAUAAGUUUUCAAAAUAAAAAAUGCCAUACUACCCAGUAUUCUCUGAUCUUCCUGAUGGAAACAGUGAAAUAUGUGUCACUUUUCACUCAUUUCAGAAACUGGUUUCUACAAAUAUAUGUAUGCAUAGACAUACAUAUAAUAUACCCUUAGUCUUUUGGGAAGACACCCUCUAAGUCUUUUAGUGCGUACUUGAAACCCAGGCUAAUACCACACCCUAUCCCAUUUCCCCCCUAUAUAUACAUACCUGUGAUAAAGUAUAAUUUAUAACUUAGGCAUAGUAAGAGAUUCAUAACAAUACUAAUAAAACAAUUAUAAGAGUAUACUUUAAUAAUAUUGCCAGUGUCAGUAUUGUGUUUUGAUGCCAUUAAAUUAAAUACAAGUACUAUAAUACUAUGACAGUUAAUCUGAUAAUUGGGAUGUUACUAUAGGUGAGUAGUAUGUACAGACAGUAUAGAUGAUUCAUAUUCCCAGUGGGAUUGAGUGGGAUGGUGUGAGAGUUCAUCUUUUAAUUUAGAGUUGCAUGUAAUUUAAAAAUGCAUGAAUUGUUUAUUUCUAGAGUUUUAUUUAAUAUUUUCAAUUAACUACAGGUAACUAAAACAAUGGAAAUUUAGGCCUCAGAAAGUGAAACCUUAGCUAAGAGAGACCUCCUUUAAUGUGUAAUUUUUAAUGAGAAUUUAUAGUAAUAAGCAAUUUGGUUAUCUUAUCAGAAUUUAUGUGCAGUUUUACCUAUAAGGACAUAAAGAAGGAAGAAACAUAAAUUAGUAAUAGUAAGAAUGACAGAAACUGUUGCCGUAUGGUUUGUUUUUGUAUCAAAUGAAAAUAAAAAGGGGUUAGACCUAGCUUUUGUUAUGAAACAGAACUGAUUUGAAAGUAGAAAUAGAUGUAGAUGAGGAAAUUCAUUUUAAUAGAUAUUGUUGAUGUUUUUGGUAUGUCACUUCAUGAAGAAUGUUUAUUAAGAAUUGCCUUUUGGUAUCUACAGGCACGUAGUGAAUGUGAAUGCAGACUAGGUACUGGAAGCUGAUUCUAUUGUGUGCCAAUGUACACAGAAAGGAAAGGAAUGUAAAGAUGAGUGCAUUAUUGGAAACUGGCUAAGAUUACUAGUUAUUGUUUCUUGUUUUGACAUGAUACUAAACAAUUUUAAGGAGCAGAAUACAUAUUACAGUACUUAGUUACAACAUUUAUAAUUGAUGUUCUCUAGUUUGAUUAAUAAUUCAUUAAUUCAGCAAGCACUUAUUUAACAUUUAACAUGUACCAAACACUUUCAGUGUCUAGAAAUAAAUGAUGGAGAACAAUUUUCCUUCAGUUUCCAGAAAUCAUUUAGUAGAUUUUAGUGUGCUAAGUGUGGUGAUACUCAGAGAACAGGCUGUGAAGGGGACUACUGCAGAGAGUACGUGGUAGAUGACAGUAGAACUGAAAUUCAAGACAGUGUUGGGCAGAUAGUGAGUGGCAGUGGGGCUGAGAACCUUUUGUUCUGCUUCUACUGUUAUUUUGCAUGAAUGUCUAGAUUUCAGCUGGUCCAUUAGACGCAGAGAAAGGGAUUUGCAAGUAGGGGUUAUGGCCUCUCAAAAUUAGGUUAAUAGGUUUUACAGCACUGCCUUGCGUAAUAGCUCCCCACACAUUUACAUAGCUAAUUGCAAGUUUUUAUGUAUAUACCAGUUAAAACAUGACAAGCUUCUGGGAAGGUGCAACCUUUGAAUGUUUUAUUCUGUGAACUUGGAGUGAUGUUAUUGACAUUAUGAUAGCACAUGAAAGGUAUUUAAGGAAUUCUCAAAUGCCUUUAUGGACCUUUAAAAAAUGUGAUUGGCAGUUGAUUCAGUUUCUAUAGGCUUAUACCCUCUCAUGGGCCAGUGAGAUGGCUCAUUGGGUAAAGUGCUUGCUGCCUGACAACAUAAGCUUGAGGACCUGAGUUUAAUCCCUGAAGUCCUGUAAACAUGGAAGGAGAGAAAGGAUGCCACAAAGUUGUCCUCUGGCCAACAAAUGCUGUGACAUGAAUACCCCCCCAUACACAUAAUAACAACAAUGGCAAUAAUAAAUACGGUUUUAAAAAAGAAAACCUUUGACCCAGCACUUGAAAGCACACUUUUAGUGUGAGUUCUCUUUAGUUAUAGAGAUGAAUAAUUAAAUUACUACAAUUAAAAUUGACUUAGCCUUUUUGGUAGUGUUUGGUAACUCUUUACCUGUCCAUAGUAUUAGUUCAAAGCAAAACUAAAGCCUUGCCUUAAAAAUAUUUAAAGUGGUACUGAGAACAUUAUUUAUGCAUGUGAUACUAUUUGUAUAAUUGUGAAAUUGUUAUAAAGUAACUAGACAAAAAUGAAAAUAAAAAUGAAGUACCUUGUCA